AUACGUACAUAGGCUAUGACGAUGCUACCCUCUCUCCGCCGAGCAACUCUACCACGCCUAUUACUCACAAAACAAGUCCCAAUCAACCUCAGUUUCUCCUCACAAAAACCCAGCUUCACAUUCUUUUCAACAAGAAAAAUGAACACCCUCCAAGAAGCAAGCCGGAUAUACAAGGCCCUUCAGAAACCCGGUCCGACAUUCGGAGGAUGGCAGAUGCUCCCAGGCACUAACCUCGCCCGUUCAAUCGCCCGCUCAGGCGUCGACUGGAUCUGCGUCGACACAGAACACGGCAACAUAUCCGACAGCGAAAUGCACGAAGCCGUAACCGCUAUUGCGCUCUCAGGCGUAAGUCCGCUCGUGCGAAUAGCCUCGAACGAGGCGUGGAUGGUGAAGCGCGCCCUCGACUCCGGCGCUCACGGCAUAAUCGUGCCCCUAAUCUACACCGUCGACGACGCCAAACGCCUCGUUUCGUCUGCGAAAUUCCCACCACAAGGUACACGCGGGUUUGGGUCGCCGUUGCCAACACAGUGUUUUGGGAAUGAAGCAAUGUCGUAUUAUUUGCAGCAUGCGAAUUCUACACUCAUAACAAUCCUCCAAAUCGAAACCCGCCCUGCCCUCGAGCACGUCCGCGAAAUCGCCGCCUUGCCGGGCGUAGACGUCCUUCUUAUUGGCCCCUUCGACCUAGGCAAUAACAUCGGGCACCCCAUUCUCACGGGCGAAAUCGCACCAGAACUUGACGCGGCGAUUGAAGCGAUCAAAGAGGCAGCGCAUGCUGAAGGGAAAAAAGUAGCGAUUUAUUGUAAUUCGGGCGAGGAUGCGAAGAGGUAUGCGCAGAGGGGAUUUGAUAUGAUGAGUGUUUUGACCGAUCAGAUUGGCAUUACGGGGGCGUUUCAGAGGAGUUUGGGUGUGGCGAAGGGGGAGGUGGAGGGGAGUGGUGGGGAUGGGAAGGUUAAGGGGUAUGAUGGGAGGUGAGGAUAUAAGCUUUAAUCAUGAUGGUAUUUUCGAGUGUCGGUUGCAUCUUUUGGGGGUUCGAGGAUAUUUCAACAGGACCGCUGAAUACCACGGAUCUAAUGUACAUUGUUCUUUUUUCAUCUUCGUCGUCUGGAAAAAGAACAAAAGGAAAGCUGUUUCCAGGCAACCAUGAAAAACUUCAACCUUUCAUAUUCAUACAGAAGAAUGACACUCUAACAGUAGGGUCGGCUAUAGGGAUUUGGGAAAGAGGAGGCAAAGUAGCAGAUAGAUGAGAUAGGUUCCGGGCUCUCUCGUAAGACUACUACACUUGUCGACGAGAUGUAGAUUUUGCCUUUUUGCUACGCCUCAUGGAU